CUUCCUUCCCCUUCGAUUUCAUUUUCUGCAGCCCAGCUAGGCAGCUCCUGCUCCCUGCGUCGCCGGCUCUCCGGCGUUCCAUCCGCUGUUUCUCUGGUCCUCUGCGGCUCUGCCAUUGCAAGCAAGCCUGCAACAGCAAACACCACCAGUUCCCUCCCUUCCCACUCUCCAGUCCUCCACGCGGACCUCGCUCUCACUUGCCUGGUCCUCCUCCCCUUUCUCAGAUAACUCCCCCUUAGUUUGAUCCUGUUCCUGUAGGCGAUAGAUUUAUAUUUUUCCCAGAGUAACUUCUACAAUGGGAAAAAAGAAAACAGAAGAGACUGGUCUAGCCACUAGAUCAAAGGCAAGCAGCAAAGAUGGAAAGAAAGAGAAAAUAUCUGUUGCGGCCUUGCUUGCCAACAUGGACCAGAAACCUGAUAAACCUAAAAGGGGAUCAACAUCUUCCUUGAGCACUGCCAAGGCAAGGGCUCCAAAAGUUUCAUCUUAUACUGAUGGGAUUGAUCUCCCUCCUGAUGAAGAGGAUGAUUAUGCCUCUGAGGAUGAGCAACAGCAGGCUGGGGCCAAAAGGCAAUCGAGCAGGCAGCAAAGGGGUGAACCUAAGCUACUUGAUAUCUCUGUAACAGACAAAGAACUUAAGAAGCGAGAAAAGAAGGAAUUACUUGCUGCUUAUACUGCAGAGCAGGCCAAAAAAGAGGCCCUUAAGGAUGACCAUGAUGCUUUCACUGUUGUUAUUGGUAGCCGAGCUUCAGUACUCGAAGGUGAAGAUGAAGCAGAUGCUAAUGUCAAAGAUAUAACAAUAGAUAAUUUUUCCGUGUCAGCACGGGGGAAAGAACUCCUAAAGAAUGCAUCAGUGAAGAUAUCUCACGGAAAGAGAUAUGGUUUGGUUGGGCCCAAUGGAAUGGGCAAGUCCACCUUGUUAAAGCUUAUUGCUUGGAGAAAGAUUCCUGUACCUAAAAACAUAGAUGUGCUUCUGGUUGAACAAGAGGUGGUUGGUGACGAUAAAACUGCUCUAGAAGCAGUUGUUGCAGCUAAUGAAGAGCUUCUCAAGAUUCGACAAGAAGUUGCUUCUUUGCAAAAUUCAACGUCUGCUACUGGUAAUGAGGAUGGAGAUGAUGAUAUAAAUGGAAAUGAUGCAGGAGAGAAGCUUGCUGAAUUGUAUGAGAAAUUGCAGAUCUUGGGGUCAGAUGCUGCUGAGGCUCAGGCAUCAAAGAUUCUUGCUGGGUUGGGUUUCACCAGGGAAAUGCAGGGCCGUCCAACUCAGUCAUUUAGCGGUGGCUGGAGGAUGAGAAUUUCAUUAGCAAGGGCACUUUUUGUGCAGCCAACUCUAUUAUUGUUGGAUGAACCCACUAACCACCUUGACCUGAGAGCUGUUCUCUGGUUGGAGGAGUACCUGUGCAGGUGGAAGAAAACUCUUGUUGUUGUUUCUCAUGAUAGGGAUUUCCUUAACACAGUGUGCAAUGAAAUUAUCCAUCUUCAUGACUUGAAGCUUCAUGUCUACCGAGGGAAUUUUGAUGAUUUUGAAAGUGGAUAUGAGCAGCGUCGCAAAGAGAUGAACAAGAAAUUUGAGAUUUAUGAUAAGCAGGUGAAAGCUGCGAAGAGAUCAGGCAACCGUGUACAGCAGGAAAAGGUUAAAGAUCGUGCAAAGUUUGCUGCUGCCAAGGAAGCAUCCAAGAGCAAGGCAAAGGGCAAAGUGGAUGAAGAUGAACCCUUGUCAGAGGCUCCAAAAAAGUGGAAAGAUUACAGUGUGGAGUUCCACUUCCCUGAACCUACAGAGCUGACACCACCACUUUUGCAGCUGAUUGAAGUCAGCUUCAGUUAUCCCAACCGGGAGGAUUUCAGGCUCUCAAAUGUUGAUGUGGGCAUUGAUAUGGGUACCCGUGUUGCCAUUGUUGGGCCCAAUGGGGCUGGAAAAUCUACUCUACUUAAUCUUCUUGCUGGCGAUUUGGUUGCAACUGAGGGUGAAGUAAGAAGAAGUCAGAAGUUGCGGAUUGGGAGGUAUUCACAACACUUCGUGGACCUAUUGACAAUGGAUGAAACACCUGUUCAGUAUCUUCUUCGACUUCAUCCUGAACAAGAGGGACUUAGUAAGCAGGAGGCCGUUCGUGCCAAGCUUGGGAAAUUUGGGCUCCCUAGUCAUAAUCACCUCACUCCAAUUGCAAAACUGUCAGGAGGGCAGAAAGCUCGGGUUGUAUUCACAUCGAUUUCCAUGUCUAGGCCGCACAUAUUAUUGUUGGAUGAGCCAACAAAUCAUUUAGACAUGCAGAGUAUUGAUGCAUUGGCUGAUGCACUGGAUGAAUUUACUGGCGGAGUUGUCUUGGUUAGUCAUGAUUCCAGGCUUAUAUCUCGUGUUUGUGAGGAUGAAGAGAGAAGUGAAAUUUGGGUAGUAGAAAAUGGAACCGUGAAUGCUUACCCUGGCACAUUUGAGGAGUACAAGGAAGAGCUACAGAGGGAAAUUAAAGCAGAGGUGGAUGACUAAAUGAUUAAGUGCUUAUUGUUCCAAUUGCAUAAAAUAGUUAGCCAAGCUGUUAUUAUCUUGUAUUUUCAUGUAAGUGCAUCAAAACAGGUACUGUUUUCCCCUUUCCUCGCUAUCGAUGUUCAGUGUAUAAUCUAAUAUGUUGCUGUAUGUCAGAAACAAACAAUAAUUAAUUUAUCAAUUUUGCCCACUUGUUACUCAUGCAAAUUGAGAGUUUCCAUCUUUUA